AAAAUUCAAAACAUUGUUUACCAAAAACUUAAUUUCCAACGUACGUAACGUUUUGUAGAAAAUCUCGUUAUAUCAGUUUCGAAGUAUCUGCAAUAAACAUGAUUAAAACAAAGCCGUGGACUGGAGGUACAGAUGAAGAGUAUGAAACACAGCAUUUCGGUUUUGGUGCACAACGCCUCAAAAUAGCUGUACGGCAAAUGGUUGAGCAAAAAAUUACGAACGGCGUGAAAGACAUGGAAUCUUAUUUGCAAGAAUCUUUGGAUCUGAACGAAACAGACAAAGCGACGCUAACGAGGUCAUGUGAUAAGCUAAUUCGUUUAUACUGUGAGCGUGCUGGACCAUCUCUCGCAGCUAUUGAUGAGGAGAUUGAACGCAUGUUGAAGAUCCCUCAGAAUGUGUUGUUGCCUGAAGAUGAAGUGCAGCUUGAACAAACAUCGGAUUCAGACUACGAGAAGUUAAAUGAGGAGGUAGCUUCGUUACGGCAAAGGGUAGAAAGAGGUGCUUUAAUGGAGGCUCUACUCUCUGCUGAGGUAGAAGAGUUAGCGUCGUUGGAUAAAGUGUGUGAAACAGCAAAGAAGGACAUGGAAGCCAUGGAUCUGAUCUGUAAGAGUGUUGACAAUAGUGAAUGUUUGAAAGCAGUGCAGAAUGAAACUGAUUUCCUUUGUGCGAGUGCAUCGUUUGUGAAGAAGCAAAGUGAUCUGUUUGAUGAAUAAGUUGUGUAGUCUAUUUUAAAGCUGAACAUAAUAAAUCUUCCAAUUGAUUCUUUAUUUAUCAAUCAAAACUCAGGGGAUUUUUAACAUGAAGUCAAAUGUUUAUGUUGAGCCUGAUUUUUAUAAAAUGUAUGAUUUGUUUUACUGACGGCCCAUAGUAUUUUGACAAAGGCUUCUUAUUGGUUUAUGCAGCCUCUACAGUCUCAGUUCAAGGCUAAUGUUAAGUAGAUAAAUAAAACAUUACAAACAGUCAUUUUUAUUUUAAUGUAAAAACAGAACCUCUUACAUAAAAUUCACCUAGAAACGAGUAUCAUAGAUUAAUAAUACUUAUAACAUCAAUUCUAAUAUAACAUCCAUGUGACAUCAUGAUUACAAUGUAUUUUAUUUAAUAAAAAAAAAACUAUAUACAAAAUGUAUACAUUAUUCUUUUAUAUUCACCUCAAAAAUUUAUAAGUUGGCACAUAGAACAUGAAAUAGUCUAAAAAGAUUGAAAGAGUAAAAUUAUAUUUAAGAAAAUAAAAUUAGAUAUACUCGCUAAGUUAUAUUUUGUAUCACAUUUAUAACUUAAGCUACUGGCACAUCUAUAAAUGAUGGAUGAGUUAUACUCUGCUGGAUAGCUUGUGACUAAACAAUAUUUAACUUUACACUCUAAAAUGUUGAUGUUGUAGCAUGUUGCAGAUAGGUUCAGUGAAAUAGAUGUUGCAAUUUAUAUUUCAGUGAAUUGCAACAAGUGUCAUUUACAUGCUAAUCCAUUCAUAUAUUACAUUAUACUCCAUGAAAAUGAAUUGAAUCCAAUGUAAUUGAAAUGCCAUCAAAACAGCAGAUACUUCAAAAGUAUUUUGUGACUCACAUCAAUCAUUUAAAUAUUAUAUUUUAACUUUACCUUAUUUUAUUUUUUGACAACAAUUUUCUUGCAUUUAAUAAAAA